UGUUUCAUGUCCGGCUCCUUGCAGCACAUGGAGCGGACCAGUGUUCUUCCAUGACGAGCUGCCAUGGGCCAAACAUGGGAUCUGUGCCAACGGGUCAGGAUUACCGAUACAGUGUGAUGUCACAGAGUUCAGGCUGCCUGCAGGCUAUAAAUACGACCGCAGCUUGGGACGAGGUUAAUUCAUUUAUGAAUUGGGAAAAGCUCAUUCUGCGAAACCGCAACACUCUUAUCUGUUCGUCUGGAUUUGAACAUUUGCAGCGAUGGAAUCAAUAUCCUCUGAGAGCAAUGCUGAUAGCAUCAGUCCAGUGAAGAACGCCGUCCUGGUGGAUGGUGUGUUUCUGAACGGCCCGAUACUGGACAGCAGGGCUGGGCAGCAGUUUGUGAUGGAGGCCCUUCCUCUCAUCGUGGAAGAGGCUAUCCAGAAGGCAACAGACGUCAACGAAAAGGUGUGCGAGUGGCAGCCCCCCGAGCUGCUGAAGCACAGGCUGGACCUGGAGCUGCGGGAGAGAGGGGAGACUCACCAGCAGAUCCUGGAGAGAUGCCGCGAGGUCAUUCGAUACAGCGUGAAAACCGGCCACCCCCGUUUCUUUAACCAGUUGUAUGCUGGCCUGGAUCCCUACUCGCUGGUUGGUCGUUUCAUUACAGAGGCCUUGAAUCCCAGCGUGUACACAUAUGAGGUGUCCCCAGUGUUUGUGUUAAUAGAGGAGUCGGUGCUUAAGAAAAUGAUUGAGUUUGUUGGCUGGGAAGAAGGAGGCGAUGGGAUGUUCAGUCCAGGUGAGACACUUAAUUCUUAAUAAAGGUUUAGUAGUUUGGUCAAACUCUAAUGUGACGAGGCACCUUCACAGGGAUACAGUACUUGAACCGCUCUGCUCCUCUACGCGUAAUGACUGUUUUAUACCGUUUCUUCUCAGAGCCACUAUUCAGUGCGCAAAGCUGCUGCCUUCCUCGGAAUCGGCACCAGGAAUGUGUAUGUGGUUCCUGCAGACGACAGGGGUAAGAUGAUUCCCGAGGAGCUGGAGAAACAGAUCGAGCGGGCCAAGAGCGAGGGCGCAGUCCCCUUCAUGGUCAGUGCCACUGCUGGGACCACAGUGCUGGGGGCCUUCGACCCCCUGGAAGACAUCGCAGAUAUCUGUGAAAGGAAUGGCCUCUGGUUUCACGUUGAUGCUUGCUGGGGAGGCAGUGCGUUGUUGUCCAGGAAGUACUGUCAUCUUCUCAAAGGCAUCCAAAGAGCAAACUCAGUAGCUUGGAACCCUCACAAAAUGCUGAUGGCUGGUCUGCAGUGCUGUGCGUUCCUAGUGAGAGACAAAACAGGCCUCCUGCAGCGGUGCCACUCUGCCCAGGCUUCGUACCUCUUCCAGCCGGACAAAUUCUACGACAUCGGCUACGACACGGGAGACAAGUCGAUCCAGUGCAGCCGCAAGCCUGACGCCUUCAAGUUCUGGCUGAUGUGGAAGGCCAUCGGGACGCAGGGUCUGGAGGAGAGAGUGAACAGGGCCCUGGCACUGUCAAAGUAUUUAGCAGAGGAAGUCAAGAACAGAGAGGGGUUCCGGCUGCUCCUGGAGCCUGAAUAUGCAAAUGUGUGCUUUUGGUACGUCCCUCCCAGCCUGAGGAAGACUCCUGAAGGCCCCGAGUUCUGGAAGAAGCUACAUGAGGUGAGUCUUGAAGUGGGAAGGAUAAGUACCAGCCUCUUGUUAAUUUUCUUAUUGGUCGUGGGACUGAGAUCAGGCAGAGACCUGAAGAUUUCAGACCUGCAUGAUCAUUGACAAAUACUCAAAGACCAAGCCAAGUUGCCAAAUUGUAACAAAAUUGUAAAAAAGCAGUACUAAUUUAACUAACAGCUUUGGAAUUUGUUUUCCAACUCUUACAUUAAAGCUAAAUAUGAGAAAUAGUGUCGGAGGCGAACAUCGAAAAGGUGCAGCUUGAACACACUAACUGUAACCCAGUGUAACACCGAAGAAGCAGAGUGUCAAUACAGAGACAGACCAGAAGAGGGCAGCCAACAGCAGGGUAUUUGGAGAAAGGUCCUGAUUUGUACUAGGAAAAACUAAAACCAAGUUGUUUUUGACUCUGGUCGGUUCCAUUAAUACCACGUAUAGUGGACACUUUCACCUCUAACUGUGUUGGUCAUGUGCUCCUUCGAAGUAUUUGCAGGUGUAAUUCAGGAUGUAAGCGUGAAAGAUAUUUCAUAGCCUCACCUUUUGCUCUGGACCUGGGACCUGGUGAAACUUGGCAUCAUUUUGAAAUGUAUUAAAGGAAGAAAAAAAUGUUUUUAUUUUUUAAGCACGUGUACUGUACGUGCACAUUUUGCCGUUGGCGUUUGCCGUGGUAGAUUUGAAGUGCCUUCGCAUAAACAAGUGUGGAUUGGCGAGUACAGCUGUGUUUGUCUGACCUUUGCAGAAAGCUGGUGUUUCAUUUUUGGGCUCCCAGAGGAAGUACUGAUAACAAAUUUAGGACUAAAUGCAAAAAGUACAUAUUCAAACACAGAAAGGAUUUUGUGGUUGUGUAGUAUAGCAGUAAUUUAUUAUUAGUGGUUUAGGGAAGUGGGCCCAGAACAAAUUCUAGACAAAAGCAAAACAUGUUUGGGUUUCUGGAGAGCUUUGGCAGCACGAACAAAGCUGUUAAAAAAGACCUCGGAUUUGUUGUAGCAGCCUGUCGACUGAGCCCACUGGAAUGACAGCGCGUUGACCCUCUCGUAAUGCACUUCCAGAAACCUUUUACCACUUUAACACGGUGGAUCUGGGAAAAUGAGGAUGGAAAAAGUGGGGGCUACUCAACAGCAAGCCUCUGAAGUCAUUUGUUACUGUGCUGUUACAUUUCAUGGCUUUCUUUGUCCGUGUUAUUUUUUAAAUAAAUCUCUGCUCAGCUUUCCCCGGUCUAUUGCCAAACAAGGGACAAUGCUAAAUGAAGAUCAGUAUGUGAAACAGCAGAUGGUGUAAGAUCUAGUCACAUAAUAACUAGACCAGGGUUACUCAACUUCCAGUCCAAUUUGCUCCAUUUGUUGCUGCAACUCCUUCAUCCCUGUACUGACCCUUCCAAUUAUCCCGUCAGUAAACAGCUGAGGGCAUCAAAAUGGUGUAAUGGCUUGGAGGUGUAAUGGCUGCAGUAGACUCUGUUGUUUAGAUUCUGUGCUGAACGAGAUCACGCUACAAAAUCUAGACUCCUGUCUGGGAAAUAACUGUAAGAAUAAAUAUUCCUGACAGAGCAGGUGCUGCUAUUUUAACAUGUGAGCAUUUUUUCUGGGGGGGGUGUAAACAUUUCCAAGAAUUCCCAAACAGAAAGGCCAUCACGUAAUAAGCCAGGCACAGUUUUUGGUAGUUCUUGGGUUUGAGAUAUGUCAGCUCUUUCCAACAAUUCCAUCACAGAGGACCGUCACCACCCCGGGCAUGAGCUCUUCACCCCACUGCCCU